AUGUCGGAUAAGGUCAUCUUAGUUUUUAGCGGAAAAAGGAAAUCAGGAAAAGAUUAUGUAACUGGGCUAUUACAGGAAAGAUUAGGUAAGGCAAAUUGCGAUUUGCUGCGAUUGUCAGGCCCAUUGAAAAAGCAGUUUGCUAAGGAUCACCAGCUGGAUUAUGACAAGUUAUUAGAUGCUAGCGAAUACAAGGAAAAGUACAGAGCUGCAAUGAUUAAAUGGGGAGAAGAUAUGAGAUUAGCGAACCCGGCAUACUUUUGCAACUUAGCGAUUGCGGAUGCUAGCACCUCGGCUUCAGUAUGGGUUAUAACUGAUGCUAGACGUAAAACUGAUAUGGACUAUUUCAAUAAGCACUUCAACAAAGUCCUAUCCGUCCGUGUUGUUUGUGAUGACACUAUCAGAAUCCAGCGCGGUUGGGUAUUCACUGCAAACGUUGAUGAUGCAGAAUCUGAAUGCAAUUUAGAUGAUUAUGCUCAUAAUAUCAUUAUUCGAAAUGAUGGUAAUCAGCACGAACUGGAAAUGCAGUUCCAGUCCCUAAUGGAAAGAAUUAGGGAAAUGUAA